UAGCGCUAUUAUCAUCAAUCGGUCUUACAUAAGAAAAAAUACGUCGAUCGUUGAAACUUUUUUAAAUUGUUGAAGGUUAGACACACACACGUGCAAGACGCGCGAAGAAGAGUUUUGAGAGAAAGAUUUACUUUUCUCGAAAUUCGGAACUUUCGAUUUUUGCGAAAAUAGAUUUUAAGAAUUUCGCAUGGUUCGGGGAGCGGGAUCGCGCGUGCACAGUAUUGCGCGCGAAUACAAAUCCGCUCAAGAACACUGCGUGCAACAACGGAUCCGUAAAUACGUGCGAUUACUCAGAACGCGACUUACGCGACGAAGACGUCGCUGGUGCAGCGUCCAAAUGAAAAAUGGCCGCAAACGUGAGAACAGAAAUGCGAGUACCAACGCGCGCUGCACCUCGUCCACCUGGCCAAAAUGCGACGCGAAGAGAUCCGGUUUGGGGCAGCAGUAAUGACAUAUUCGGAGGUGCCCUGACCUCGCAAUCUGUGCAAAAGAAAAAGCCACCUCCUCGGCCACCACCUCCAAAAUUUAAUCAGAAUCAUUUACAUCAUCAGAAGGACCAAAAGCCGAGAAAGCCAGCCAGGCCAACAGAGCUAUUGACCAAUUUCUUUGGACGAAAAAAGCAAGAGAACGUUCUUCCGUCACGUUCUAUCAACCAGUUAGCAAAUCCGAUAUCGCAAUCCACAAACUCAAUUGCGACUGUGUCUCUGAUAGAUCUCAGUCCACCCGGAUCUCCAACGUUUACAACUCGUUCCAGCAGCGAUGGUGUCAGCGUCGACAGUUUCGGGAGUGACGGUAACUCCAAUCCAUCUGCGUUCACGAGUAGUGGGAACACAUCUCAAACAGAAAGUGCCUUCGAAGAUGAUUUUGACUUUUUUGGCAUGUCAGCCAAAAAGAUAGUGCAAAACGAUCCGUGGCAAACCAAGACAACAGUACAGGAUCCGUUUGGUCCUCUUGAAGACACAUGUUCAAACGUGUCUCAGAGCACUGGCGGAUCAUAUCUCUUUUCUCUCAACUCGAUCAGUCGUGAAGCGAAUCAAGUGCCUUCCAAUUUGAUUACAACCAAAUCUCUCGUCACGUCGAUGCCGACGAUAAUUCGAGCGAGACCUCCCAAACCUCCAGCACCAAAGUUAUCUGUAAAAAAACUCGAACCGAUAGCUAAGCAAGCAUGCAAUGACUUUGAAGUCUCGAAUAGCAAUAAUAAAACAAGUAAAUCGUUAACGUUGGAUUUCUCCAACGCAUGGUCCAAUGACUACGAAGAAAGUGAUAGUCCGUCGCCACCUAUGCCGACGAUUCCUCCGCCAGCACCGCCCGCGGAUUACUUAGCGGAACUUACCAGCGAUCUGGAUAGAGAUCUAGAUAAACCUCACGGUAUUGCGCUAUACGAUUUUCCGGCAACACACUCGGAUGACUUAACUCUGAAGGAGGGCGACGUUGUGGAAUUGAUAAGGAAAGUUAACGACGACUGGUUAGAGGGAAGAAUAGGAAAUCGUCAAGGAAUAUUCCCGCAUAGUUUCAUUGAUAUUAAAGUACCUUUGCCGGGUUUACCGGACAAUAUAGUUACAGCGUUAUAUGCUUUCCCAGGAGAGACCAAUGAGGACUUGUCGUUUGAAGAAGGUGCAAAAAUAACAGUUAUAUCGAGGAUAUCAAAAGAUUGGUUGUACGGUGAGUACAACGGUAGAAAAGGGCAAUUCCCGGCAAAUUAUGUAAACAGACUUCCGCGUAAUAUCUAAUAAUAAACGUAUUUCUUCUCG